CCCAAACACGCUUCUAUAUGCACCGCUUCCACACCCGCCGCCGUCUACACCGGGCCAGCUCUCAUCCGCGGUCCCAGAAAGCCUUCAAAACGAUGCCCUUGACCCAUUUCCAAUCUGGGACUGUCUGAUUUAUCGCGGACUGUGCACUCGGUCGGGUCGGGAAAUCAAAUGCAUUGCUCACCGGAUGCUCUCGGGUUUCAUCUCUUCCACUGGUCGUAAAUGUGUCAGGACUCGGCACCUAGAACACUGUAAAGCUGCUCUUCUCGCGUCAUCCAUACAGUUCGUCGCGCGCUUCCUUGUUUUGGGCCAAUUGCGGGACGGGCUGAAGCCACAGAGGAGGGGGUGGUCUCCGGUAUCCGGUUCUUUCCGUAAUCCUGCGCCGGUGGAAUUUUAAAUCCGUUCCUCCAGCGGGAUCUGCUCGGUGGAGACCGUUUACGGGGACUGCUGCAUUGCAUUAAUAUUUAGAAAACGCUUAAAUGUUGCAUUGUUACGUUGAAUGCUUGUUGAUGUUUUUACAACGUUUAAUUGACACAUCACGCUCGCGUUGUUUAGAACGUUGUUAUUUCAUAUUUGCGGAAUGACGAUAUUGUUUAAAAGGUUAAAUGGUUACAUUAUACUAGCUCUCGCAGAAUGAGCGUCUCGGGACGUUUAUAACUUUUCUGUUACACAUUGAAAAGUGAGCAGAGCAGUCCAUCAGGAUCCGGUGUAAAUAUUCAACAAAUGAUAGAGGAGGAGUCGGUGCACGAUAAAAGGGAUGUGAACCGAGACUCCGAGAGCAAAGAGCAUCGGACUCGGUUUAAAGCGCGCGUUCACGGUGUUCUCUUCAGUUUGCGUGAACUCCUGCUGCUUUAUUAUGACGAGUGAUCUCUCAUAACAGGAUUUGGGCAUUAUCGAUCGGAUUAUGAGUGAUUAUUCAUGCGAAGUGACACGAGAUUGACUUAGUUUCAGAUCUCGAGGGGAUCCCCCCCCCCCCCCCCCCCCUGCUCUUCUUUUCCACCCAUUCGGAAGCAUAUGAUAAAAGAGUUAUUCUGGAAACGUAUUUGCAUCCGUUCUGUAAAGGAUGCACACAGAAAGCAAUGAAAACGCUGCAGGAGCAGCCAGUUUGGGGGAAUCGACCACUGAACCGCAGGCUGGACACACUGAACCCCCUGUAAUGGAGCACAGAGACCCGCAGGAGUACGAGGAACCGGAGUGUAAACUGGCCCCGGAGGACAGCACGGUGCAGCUGAUACAAACCGGCUGCUCCGACAAGCGUCCGGCGACGCCGCCCGGCGCAAACCCGGGACCAGGCUUCGUUCCCCCAGAGGGAGGUUUCGGCUGGGUCGUGGUGUUCGCUGCUACGUGGUGCAACGGCUCGAUUUUCGGCAUCCAGAACUCUUUCGGGAUUCUGCACAUGAUGCUUGUGAAAGACCAUCAGGAACUGACGGACCAGGCGUCUCAGUUUAAAGUGGCAUGGGUUGGUGCUCUGGCGAUGGGGAUGAUAUUUUUCUGCUCUCCGGUGGUCAGUAUGUUCACUGAUCACUUCGGAUGCCGGAAGACAGCCAUCUGUGGAGCAUUUGUGGCCUUCCUUGGUCUUCUCACCAGUUCCUUCGCAACCACGCUGGGACUUCGAUACUUCACAUACGGGAUACUGUUCGGCUGCGGAUCCUCAUUCGCGUUCCAGCCGUCUCUGGUGAUCCUGGGGCAUUAUUUUCGACAGAGGCUGGGUUUGGCCAAUGGCGUGGUGACGGCAGGCAGCAGCCUCUUUUCUAUGGGGCUCCCUGUGCUGCUCAAGAAAGUGGUGGGACCGCUGGGCCUUCCCAGAACCUUCCAGAUCCUCAGUAUCUUCAUGUUGGUCCAGUCUCUGCUGGCCCUCACCUUUAAACCGCUCAUGCCCAGUGGAAUGUGCCCGAUGCCAGGCAUGGGAAUGGAUGGAGGGCCCCCGUCCGGCCUGGAGUCAGCGAGCAGGUGGCAGAAGGGCCUGGCCAAAAUCAGGAAGUACUUUAAUAUACGAGUGUUUGGUGUGCUGACCUAUCGGGUUUGGGCGUUCGGCGUCGCCACGGCGGUUCUGGGAUACUUCGUUCCAUACGUGCACCUGAUGAACUUUGUGAAGGAGGAGUUUAAAGACACUCAAAGGGAAUGGGUGCUGCUCGUGUGUAUCGGAGCGUCGUCUGGAGUCGGUCGACUGCUGUUUGGGAAGAUCGGAGACCUCAUACCUGGAGUAAAGAAAAUCUACAUGCAGGUGGCCUCUUUCAUAUUACUGGGUCUGAUGUCCAUGAUGAUACCUCAGUGCACCGUGUUCGAAGGUCUGGUGGUGGUUUUCAUACUGAUGGGUCUUUGUGACGGUUGUUUCAUCACUAUCAUGGCCCCCAUCGCCUUUGAGUUGGUAGGGCCCAUGCAGGCAUCUCAAGCCAUCGGCUACCUCCUCGGCCUCAUGGCCAUACCAAUGACAGCGGGACCACCGAUCGCAGGACUUCUUCAUGACUAUUUUGGAAACUACCAUGUGGCGUUUUAUCUGGCUGGUGUUCCUCCAAUAGUGGGGGGUAUCGUGAUGUUUUUUGUGCCUCUGGUGCACCAGCGCAUGCAAAAACGACAAAAAAAGGCCAGCGACCCCAGCAUGGACAAGAUGUUGAGCUGCUCUAAUGGAGACAGGUUGCCCGGAUACACAGACAUGGAGACACACAUCUGAAGCCCACAGCCACACAAAGGGAUUCAUCUCACCAGCACUGCUUGUGGCGUGUGCACGUGAGUGUGUGUUAAGACGGUGUGUGAUGUAUUUCCUCUUUGCUUGGCUCUAAUCAAAGUUGAGGUCUCAAGGCUUUCCCCUCUGCUUGUUUGCUGUUCUGGAGAGGGACGUGAUCAUCCAUCAAGAGCCCAAACCCUCCUCCAGUGGCCCGCGCUGCCAUUUCCACCGGCUCCCGAGUGAUUGAACAACUUCCGCAUGCAGAUCUGGGCUGAAAUCACCUCCUGCUUGCGUUUCUGGAGAGCUCAGGUAGUGCGGGAGACAACAGUUAAAUUAGGACAGCAAAUGCUUCAGCACCUUUAUAAAGGAAACAUAAAUUUGAUGUGAGAGAUCACUGAGAAAAGUGCUGUUUUCAUUGAGCUUUAUAGUUUAUUGUCUAGAUUAUGCAAAUCAGAUUUGUAAGAUUUAGAUGUUUUCAUAAUACGGUUUUUAAAAAAUCCUCCAU